AUGGGUUUGCUAAGCGAAGGAAGUCCUUUAACGUGGGAUGAAACCAAGGCGCUGGCGCAACACGUUCGCGAGCACGGUAUCGAGCAGUUUAUCAAUCUGUUCGCGCGCCUAAAAGACCGCCAAGGGGACGUGCUGAAAUGGGGCGACGAGGUGGAGUACAUAAUCGUCCGCUUCGAUGAUAAGCAGCGUGCGGUGCAGGUAUCGUUGCGCGCCCAAGAAAUUCUGGCUAAACUGAACGAGAAGGAAGCAGCCGAUCCGCAAGGUGUGAAAUCGUUAUGGCGUCCGGAGUACGGUGCGUACAUGAUCGAAGGUACGCCUGGCAAACCGUACGGAGGUUUACUGGCUCAUUUUAACGUGGUCGAAGCGAACAUGCGCUACCGCCGUAUGGAGGUAGCUUCCAUGCUGCCGGAAAACGAAGUCGUAAUGUCGAUAACAAGUUUCCCCCGGUUGGGAUGUCCGGCAUUCACGUUCCCAUUCGCGGUGCCCACUCCGGACGAUGAAUCCUGUGCCGCGCGAUCGAACUUUUUCCCCGACGAAGCCAUCUUUCCGGGCCAUCCACGUUUUAAAACGCUUACGCGCAAUAUACGUCAACGGCGCGGCGAGAAGGUGUCCAUCAAUUUGCCGAUCUACCCCGAUCGCGACACGAAAGUGCCGGUCGAGGGAAGCAUACCGUCCCAUCCCAACUUCGUGCAUAUGGACGCGAUGGGUUUUGGUAUGGGUUGUUGCUGUCUGCAGCUUACGUUCCAGGCGUGUAACAUCAGCGAAGCUCGCACCCUGUACGAUCAGCUGACACCGAUGUGUCCUAUAAUGCUAGCGCUUACGGCGGCCAGUCCGGCCUAUCGAGGGUUCUUGACCGAUGUGGAUUGCCGAUGGAACGUGAUUUCGGCCUCGGUCGACUGUCGCACGCGGGAGGAACGCGGCGAGUUGCCGCUAAAGAAUGAUCGGUUCCGCAUUUAUAAAUCGCGCUACGAUUCAAUCGAUUCCUACCUAUCACCGGCUGGAGAAAAAUACAAUGACGUGCCUUUGGUGCUGGAUGAAACGCUCUACAAGCGGCUGCGCGAGGGCGAUAUCGAUCAUCUGCUUGCGCAACACAUCGCCCAUCUAUUCAUACGCGACUCGGUGUCGCUGUUUAGCGAAAAGGUGCACCAGAACGAUCGCGAGGACACGGAUCACUUCGAAAACAUUCAGUCGACCAACUGGCAAACGAUGCGGUUCAAACCACCGCCACCCAACUCACCGAUCGGCUGGCGGGUCGAGUUCCGGCCCUGUGAAGCGCAGCUGACCGACUUUGAGAAUGCCGCGAUCGUAUGCUUCGUUGUGCUGCUGACACGCGUCAUCCUUUCGUACCAGCUCGAUUUCCUGAUUCCCAUCAGCAAGGUGGAUGAAAAUAUGCAAAACUCGCAAAAGCGUGGGGCAGUGCUGACGGAACGGUUUUGGUUCAAGAAAAACAUUACCGGCAUUCCGCGGGCGGGGCAAGGGAGCGUGGCCGAGGGUGAGCCACUCCCGACGGGGCAGGAACCGCAACAAAAUGGUACGACCGAUGAACCAGCAACAACCGGCUCGGCUACGGAUGAGUUCGAACUAAUGACGAUUGAUCAGAUUAUUAAUGGAAAGGGCACAUUCCCGGGACUGGUGCCGCUGAUCAAUAGUUAUCUCGGUUCGAUGGAUGUGGACGCCGAUACGCACUGUACGAUUCAGCAGUACCUAAAGCUAAUACAGAAACGGGCGUCCGGCGAACUGAUGACGACUGCAAGCUGGAUGCGGCAGCAAGUAGUGUCGCAUCCCGAAUACAAAAAUGAUUCCGUCAUCAGCGAGGGCAAUUGUUACGAUUUGCUGCGAAAGGCUAAGGACAUCCAGGACGGUGUGCUGGCAUGCCCGGAACUGCUUGGCAACAACAUCAACUCCAAAACGACGGACAACAUUCCGGCUGCCAUCAAGAAGCAUCUUACCAAGCAAUGUUAG